AUGUCUUCCACUCCAUCGUCGGCUGGUCCUUCGGCUCCUCCCCCAGUGUGUUUGGUACGCGAUGAAUAUUCCGCUGCAGAUGCGGCUCGGCUUCGCCUCGCUCCUCCUAGGAUUAUACCUAGUAUCUCUAUGCCAAACCUUCGCAGAGCGCAAUCUAAUACGACAGAACACCGACGGAGAGCGAAGAGUAGAGAGUUCGAUUUAUCUUCGCUCACUCUGAAUGAGAUUCCUACAGAGUUCUCAGAAUCAGGCUUUCAUGCUGUUGUAAUUGACGACGAGGCGGUCUCCUCACUGUCGUUGUCGGAUGACAAGGAUGUCUACCGGUGGGCUGUUCUAUACGAGAAUCAGAGAGGCGCGUUCGUUUUCUCGACCGCGUACUAUUCUCCGAUGUCUCUGUUGCCUCUCGACCCACCGCCCUUCACGAUACCGACAACAUCGGGAUCCAUGCGCAAAGACCAACCUACCGUCUCCCUCACAGACUAUCCUCUUCCGGACGGGACGUGGCGCUGGGUCUCCAGGGAAUGGAUGAUUGACAUGCGCGGUGACGGUCAAGUGCAAUAUGACGGCUUUGAGUACGCUUGGUCCUUCCGGAGCAAGAAGUGGCGACCAACUGUGGGGAUCCUCAGCUCUGGGGGAUGGGUGCGGAGGAGAAGAUGGGUCAGACUGAUGGUGCGCCCUGCCAAGAGUCUACGAACUGGAGUCGAGAAUGCGGGGCAUCCCAUCAAUCAAUCAGACCUUCUACAGCUGGCACAUAUCGAGGCUGGAGCCACUCGUCCACCGUCAGUCGCUACUUCCUUGACCGAAGAUGCUCAGACUGCUGGCGAUGUAGUGUGGAGAGGUGAUGAGGACGAUUGGGUGCGCUGUCAUGCCGCGCUGAAGGCCCUUGGUCGUGACGGCAGACGACUUGAGCUGUGGCAACGGUGGCUCGGUCUUCCUGUCCUUCCUGUCCUUCCUUCUAUAGAAUUGGACGCCUCUAGCGAAGGUUCCGGGAAGGAGCAGGCGAAGCAACUACAAUCAAAUGAAGAUGACUCUCUUAUUCAACCGAUCGAGGUUUCUGACGAUGCCUUCAUCGAUGAAAUUGCCAAUGGGGUGGGCGCUAGUCCUGAAGUUGCACCCCUAGAUUAUCUGGCCAAAGUCUUACGGGCGCACGGCGCCGACAUUUUGAAGUCAUUCGUCUAUCCAGAUUCACGCGCACGGUGGCUUACAAUACUUGAAAAAGCUGGUGUUGUGGAGGAGGUCUAUUGUGGGCUGAGUGUUUCUGACAGCAGAAUGACUUUGGAUUUUUGGAGUUACGCGCCUUGA